CAAGUUGAAAGGUUAUCCUGGUGUGUGUGUGGUGUGUGUGUGUGUGUGUCGCGGAAUUGCACGGGAUCUUUAGCGUUCUGUAUAGCCUAUCGGAGACCGAAGACUACGGGUGACGAUGAGUGACAAAAUGGCACGUCAGCAGGACUUUAACGAUCUCUUCAAUGUAAGAAAUAAUUUCUACAUCGGCAAUUAUCAACAAUGCAUCAACGAGGCACAGAAGAUCAAGACAUCCUUCCCAGAAGUCGCUAUGGAACGUGAUGUCUUCCUUUAUCGUGCCUAUAUAGCGCAGAGGAAGUUCCGCGUGGUACUGGAUGAGAUCAAUAAUUCGUCUCCACCGGAGUUACAGCCAUUGAAGACCCUAGCUGACUAUUUUGCUAAUCCACAUCGUCGGGAGGCGAUAGUGGCCGAACUUGAUAAAGAGACCAAAAAUAUAAAUCAUGAUAAUCACAAUCUCCUGAUCGUGGCCGCGACUGUUUAUUAUCAUGAAAAGAAUCUGGAGGCUGCCCAUCGAGUGAUAUGCGCCGCUGACAAUCUAGAAUGCAUGGCGCUAACGUUACAGAUAUAUCUGAAGAUGGAUCGUCUGGAUCUGGCUCGCAAAGAGCUUAAGGCAAUGCAGGAAAAAGAUGAUGACGAUACUUUGACUCAACUCGCUCAGGCAUGGAUAAACAUUACCAGUGGCGGUGAUAAGUUGCAAGAUGCUUAUUAUAUCUUUCAGGAAAUGAUUGACAAGCAUUCCAGCACGAGCAUGCUAUUGAACGGUCAAGCUACUUGCUUCAUCGGACAGGCAAAAUACGAGGAAGCAGAAACAGCCUUGCAAGAAGCUCUUGAUAAGGAUAGUAAUAAUCCAGACACAUUAAUCAAUAUGAUUGUUCUCUCCCAACAUAUGGGUAAACCACCAGAAGUGGCGAAUCGUUAUUUAAGCCAGUUGAAAGAUUCCCAUUUAGAACAUCCUUUUGUCAAGGAAUAUUUGCAGAAAGAGAUUGAAUUCCAUAGGUUUAAAGAACAGUAUUCAUCUUCCGCCUGAGUACCCCUCACCAGAUUAUGGCAUUCCGUGGGAUAAGAUCGAUCAAGUAUUGAUUAUGAACGGAUUCAAGCGUGGAUUAGGCUUUUUGACUCGAAGGUGUACAAUGAGCGAAACUUUUCCUCUUUAGUCAGAAAAUUUGUAUUCUGAAACUGAAAUAUCUAGAUAGAUCCGAUCACUUACGGUACGUUUCAGAUCUUCGAUUAUUGAAGGAUAUACAUUAUUUUUAUUAGAUUUCAUUUUUGUUAUGAAUGAGUCGUAUGUAAUAAUUCUUAGGCUUCAGAAAAUAUACUUUUAGGAUAAUAUUACGAAUGUAUUGGAAUUCCAAACAUUCGCAAAGUAGAAGAAACGCGCAUUUUUUUUAGUAAAAACAUGUCCAUAGACGUACAUGUUGCUACGCAAUAUUAAGAUAUUCUGUUUUUAUAUUUAAAUAGAAAUAUGUAUACCGACAGAAAAUAGAUAUAACAAAGUUGUAUACGGAUAGUGAAAACGUUCAAAGUUGCAAGAACCGAGACGUGACUGGAAAAAUUACUAUUGUCCAUUUUAUCCUAAUAUUACUCAUAUAAUCACAAAAAUAUGGCUGCCAUUUUAUAAAAUUAAAAAUUAUCGAAAA